AUGAACUCCAGCAGCGACGUCUCAGCCGGCGGCGUGGGGCGCGUAGGCCACGAGCGCAUAGGAGAGGAGUACCUGCUUCGACUCGGAUUUAGCGAAAAAGUCGCCGCCCUCGUGGGCUCGCAUGUCGCUGCUAAGCGCUAUUUGUGUGCUGUCGAGCAGGCGUAUCAUGAUGGGUUGUCGGACGCGAGUAAGAAGUCGCUUGUCUUUCAGGGCGGGCCGAUGGGAGGGGAGGAGGUGCGGGCUUGGAGCGCGAAUCCUUGGUGCGAGGAGAUGGUGGCUUUAAGGAAGUGGGAUGAUGGGGCGAAGGUGGUGGGGUUGAGGACCGAGGGGGCGGAGGCGUAUCGGGGGAUGAUUGAGAGGCAUUUGAUGCGGUGA